AAAUUAAAUAGUUUGUGUUAAAAUAAAAUGCGUGAAACGAAACGCAAAACCACCCCUGCGAGGCUAAUGACUCACUCUUCACCCUCGGCCGAUCGCUCCCGAGCCUCCCCGAGCCCCCUCGGCCCGCGCGCUCCGUGCCGCACCGAAAACACACCAAAUUCACAAUAAUUAUGUAACACACAUAAGUUUUUUAAUAAAAAAAAUAUCAAGUGAAAUGUCUUUGACGGAACGUCGCGUUCGAUCGUUCGCGGGUGUUGUUAAAUUAGUUUUUAAAACGGACUAUAGUGAAAACAGAUAUUGAUUUUCUGGUGACGUCCCGUGAAUGCGGACUGUGUUAUUACAGUGUACAUAUACGUAUAUAUGUAGUGUAAUUUAUUUAUAUGAUAAAACAGUUAUGACAAGAUUAAAAAGCAACCCGCAGACGCCAUGAGGCUCUGACCGCCAUCAUGGAGACCACGACGGAGGCCUACCAGUAUGUGGGGCCCUUUCGAUUGGAGAAGACCCUGGGAAAGGGGCAGACCGGUCUGGUCAAGCUGGGCGUGCACUGCGUCACCGGCAAGAAGGUCGCCGUUAAGAUCAUCAAUAGGGAGAAGCUUAGCGAAUCCGUGCUAAUGAAAGUGGAGCGAGAAAUAGCAAUAAUGAAAUUAAUAGAACACCCGCAUGUCCUAGGAUUGUCUGAUGUCUAUGAAAAUAAGAAAUACCUGUACCUGGUGCUGGAGCAUGUAAGCGGAGGCGAGUUAUUCGACUACCUCGUGAAGAAAGGCCGACUCACACCCAAGGAGGCGCGGAGGUUCUUUAGACAAAUCAUAUCUGCACUCGACUUCUGUCAUAGCCAUUCUAUAUGCCACCGAGACCUAAAACCCGAGAACCUAUUGCUAGACGAACGAAACAAUAUCAAGAUAGCGGACUUCGGCAUGGCAUCUCUACAGCCCGCCGGUUCCAUGUUAGAAACGUCGUGUGGGAGUCCGCAUUACGCCUGUCCUGAAGUUAUAAGGGGCGAGAAAUACGAUGGCCGAAGAGCGGACGUGUGGUCGUGCGGCGUCAUCCUGUACGCGCUGCUCGUCGGCGCCCUGCCGUUUGACGAUGAUAAUCUACGACAGUUACUUGAGAAGGUGAAGCGAGGUGUGUUCCACGUGCCACACUUUGUGCCACCAGACUGCCAGCAGCUAUUGCGAGGCAUGAUUGAAGUCAACCCGGAGAAGAGGAUGACUCUUGCAGAGAUAACCCGACACGGCUGGGUGACUGCAGGAGGCCGGGGCGAGUUAGAACAGGAGCUCCCCAUGAUGGAGGUGGUUCAGACCAGGGUGCUACCCAGUGCUGAAGCUAUAGACCCUGAUGUUCUACAGGCUAUAUGCAGUUUAGGAUGUUUCAAACAACGCGACAAGUUAAUUCAAGAGUUACUCAGUCCACACCAUAACACGGAGAAAGUAAUCUACUUCCUACUUCUGGAACGUAAAAGAAGGAGACCCGCGCGGGACGACGAGCCGAGACCCCAGCCCGCGCCGCCCGCGCCCGACCCGCCUCGCAAGCGCCUGGACACGUGCAGGGUGAACGGCCAAUCUGCCCAUUUCGGUCAAAUCAGUGAAGGGUCACCUAUCACGCCCCGCCGGUCACAAUUCAGGUCAGCGUCGCGUCGUGAGGGCCGCAGCUCGCCGCAGCUGCCCGCCAGCCCGCCGACAGGCCACACGCCGCACCGAGUAUCGUCUCUGGGAGGCACGCCUGCCACCCCAGGGUCACCACUAGCAUCGCCGUCGGUCCGCGAGCAUCACCACCAGAGGGCCAACUCUACGGGACCUACGAUAAGCCUCAAUAUAAGCGGCGAGCCAGGGGAGGCUGUUAUCAUUAUAAACGAAUCUCCGUUGCUAGGCAACACAGUGCCAGUCAGACCGCACAGCCCUUCUUCGCAGUCACACAGAGUUCGGGAACGAUCGUCCCUGCCCGGCCCUCCGAGCACGCAGUCGCCAGCGCAGCCGUCUCUUUUCCCCAAUUUAAAUACUAUUACUGGCGCGGCGGGCGGCAGCGGCGCCGGCGCGGGCGCAGCGGCGCCGUGGCGCGCGCGUUUAGCCACGAUCAAGAACUCCUUCCUGGGAUCACCGCGAUUCCACCGCCGCAAGAUGCAGGCGUCGUCAGAAGAAGUCCAUCUAACCCCGGAAACAUCGCCAGAGUUAACCAAGCGCUCCUGGUUCGGGUCGCUCCUACUGUCAGCUGAUAAAGAGGAGACCUUCACGGCCCUCGUAAAGGGGAAACCCCUGGCUACUGUCAAAGCGGACCUCAUACAUGCUUUCUUGAGUAUAGCAGAGCUGUCCCACAGCGUCCUGAGCCCCAUGUCUUUCCGGGUAGAGUACAAGAGGGGUUCCAACGCGCCCGCCAUGUUUCAGAGACACGUCCGGUUUCAGGUUGAUAUUUCAACUAUAACUAAGGCGCCAGGCGAGAACGGGAAAGAAUAUCUAUACGCCAUCACUUUCACACUAUUGUCAGGCAACAUCCGCCGCUUCCGCCGCGUGUGCGAGGUGGUGCAGGCCGCCGUGUGCCGCGCGCCGGGGGCGGGCCGGGCUCCGCCCCUGCACCCGCCCAGCCCGAGGGCGCACAGGAGGAAUAUACCAUCACACCCGGCCAACGAGAUCCCAGAUAGUCCAGAGACACCUCAUAAUCAGGAUCACGACGACACGGCCUUCGACACCACGAAAAGUCCCACCAACACCAGCCACAAUUCCAUAGACAACCUAGACCAGAACGGAUCCCACACUCUCGGAUCGAGUUCGUCAGUAACAAGCGGUUCGAGUGGAUACAAACAAAGUGUGCGGCGGCGGCGCGUCGACCGCGAGCCGGCGUCCGCGUCCCUCGACCACGAGAUCAUGAGCUGUCCACGAGAACUGCCCGGCACCCACACAAAACGCUCGUCCUCCGAACACCGAGACUCGCUCGACUCUCGCUCGUCGCUCAAGGACGACCUGCGUCGCAACAACAGCCUGCGCGAGCGCCGCGGCGAGCGGGACCUGCCGCGCGUCGCGUGAGACGCGAACUACAAAC